UGCGCUGUCUUCUUUUCAGCUACACCUCAGUAAGAAUGUUUAAGCCCUUCGUUACCAGACUCGCUCUUGCACGUCCUGCACUCUCUCGUACCGUCCUCCGUGCACCUCUUCUUCGCACAUCUUUUGCAACCCCCAGAUUUUAUUCCGCUAUGAGUUUCAAGGCUGUUAACGCUCCUACUUUGUCUGCUGCUGGCCCUUACAGCCACGCUACCGUUGCUAACGGCAUGGUCUACUGCUCUGGUCAAAUCCCCUUCAGAGAUGGCAAGCUUGUCGGUGCUACUGCUGCCGAGCAAGCUCAACAAGCUCUCGAGAACUUGCAAGAGGUCCUUGAAGCUGCUGGUUCUGACAAGAGCAAAAUCGUUAAGGUCAACAUCUUCUUGGGUGACAUGGCCGACUUUGCUUCUGUCAACGAAGUUUACGCCAAGUUCCUUCCCGACCCUAAGCCCGCUCGCUCUUGUGUCGCCGUUAAGACUCUCCCUCUUGCCGACAAGGGCAACAAGAUCGAGAUCGAGUGCAUUGCUGUUGCCUAAGUGCGUUCAUGAUGAAAUAGUAAUACACAAAUUGAUGAUAAAUUGAGAAGGAAGUAUGUGGGGAUCUCUUAA